AUGGCACCCCACGAAGGCCUCGUCCACCCAAAAGAAUACGAUAUCAAAGACAGCAACGUGGAGCUAAUCGGCAGCGACCUCGACCACCGCGUGAAGUACAAUUCCGCCCAGACCGAACCCGCCUGGCAAAACAUCCCCCAAGAACCCGGCCUCACAAUAUGGCGCAUCGAAAACUUCCAAGUAAUCCCCUGGCCGAAAGAAAAAACCGGCCAAUUCUACGACGGCGACAGCUUCAUCGUGCUCCACACCUACAAAGUCGGCGACCAGCUCGCCCACGACAUCUUCUUCUGGCUGGGCAGCAAAACAACACAAGACGAAGCCGGCGUCGCAGCUUACAAGACCGUCGAGCUGGACGAGUUCCUGCACGGCGCGGCAACACAGCACCGCGAGGUCCAGCAACACCCCUCUGACGAGUUCCUCGCCCUGUUCCGGAACUACGCCGUCCGGUCUGGUGGUGUGCGCUCCGGGUUCACGCAUGUUGAGCCCGAAGAGCGUAAGGAGGUUCUUACCCUCUUGCGUAUCUUCAAACACCCCGGUAUUGCGCGUCUUGACUCGCUUAUCGUGCAUGAGGUCGAGCCUACGUGGAAGAGUCUCGAUGAGGGUGAUGUCUUUGUUUUGGAUAAGGGGAAUAAGAUCUGGGUUUGGCAGGGGAAGAAGUGUAGCCCGAUGGAGAAGGCCAAGGCCGCGCAGGUGGUGAAUGACAUGACGCUGGCGAAACAUGUUGAUGUUGAGGUUCUGUCGCAGCUUGAAUCCAGGUCUAAGAUCUUCGUUGACUUGCUCGGUGGGAGGGAUGUCGCUCCUUCUACCUUGGAGGCGCCGAGACCUGGGCGGUUUGCGAAGAGGGGUCCUGAUGAGGGUGCUCGCUCACGCAAGCUUUUCAGACUCAGUGAUGCGUCUGGAAACUUGUCGUUCGAUCUUGUCAAAGAUGGGGACCGAUUCGAUCGGUCUGAUUUGGAUGGUAACGACGUUUUCCUUUAUGAUACUGGCAACAGAAUCUGGGUUUGGCAGGGGUCUGGAGCAAGUGCGGGUGAGAAGGCGAUGUGGCUCAAGGUUGCCCAAUUCUAUGUUCGGAAGAUCCAGGAGAGCCAGGAAUCUUCUGAGGCGUAUCUCACGCCGAUUUCGAAGGUUGCGCAGGGCCAUGAGAGCCCAGCAUUCUUGAAGGCUUUGGCGGUCUAA